AUGACUGUCUCGUCCACCUCCAAGCUAUGGCAGCCUCUCAAGGUUGGCCGCACCACCAUCUCGCAACGCAUCGCCCUGGCGCCAUUGACUCGCUUCCGCAAUGACGACGACCACGUCGCCACCGACAUCAUGGCCCAGUACUACGCCGAGCGCGGCUCCGUCCCCGGCACACUGCUCGUCACCGAGGCCACCGGCAUCUCUCCGGCCGCCGAGGGCCAGCCCAACCUGCCCGGUGUCCACAAUGCCGCCCAGGCUCAGGCCUGGAAGAAGGUCUACGACGCUAUUCACGCCAAGGGCAGCUUCGUCUACCAGCAGCUCUGGCACCAGGGCCGCGCUGUCGACGCCAAAUACGUCGGCGACCGCGGCUUCAAGUACAGCUCCAGCUCUGCCAAGGUCAUGCCCGGCCGCGACAUCGCCCCGGAGCCACUGACCGAGGACGAGAUCCUGACCAUCAUUGACGAUUUCCGCACGGCGGCUCGUAAUGUCGUCGACGCUGGCGGCGAUGGUGUUGAGAUCCACGGUGCCCACGGCUACCUGAUUGACCAGUUCACCCGCGACAGUGUCAAUGAUCGCACCGACAAGUGGGGUGGCUCUGUCGAAAACCGCGCGCGCUUCCUGCUCGAGAUCGUCAAGGCCGUCAGCGACGAGAUUGGCGCUGACCGCACCGCUUUGCGCCUCAGCCCGUUUGCCAGCUUCCAGGACGCCGUGUCGUCCGACACCUGGACUCAGACCAGCUACAUUCUGGAUCAGAUCAAGGCCCGCGGCCACAAGCUUGCCUACCUGUCUCUCGUCGAGCCCCGCGGUGACCCCGUCCUCCUCUUCAUCGGGCCUCACAAGGUCGACCCCUUUGCCGGCGGUGAAAAGUCCCUCCAGUACUUCCUCCGCCAGUGGGACAACUACAGCCCCGUGAUUGUCACUGGCGCCUAUGAUCUCGAGGCUGCGGGUCCAGCCGUCGAUCAGGAGUAUGCUGGAUGGGAUGUCAUUAUUGGCUAUGGCCGUCCCUUCAUCUCGAACCCCGACCUUGUAUUCCGCAUCAAGAACCAGAUUCCCUUUACCGAGUACAACAGAAAGACCUUUUACCUUCCCAAGGUGUCAACGGGCUACAUCGACUAUCCCUUCAGCGAGCAGGCUGUCAAGGCCGGCCUUGGUCCUCUGAGGGCUGAGAUCAAGUUGUAA